GAAAAUGCGAAGGCGCAGGCAGUACAGGCCUUGAGGCUCAUCGAUAGCGCAAUGACAUCAUCCUGACAUUCACGGGCCUUGGGACUGUGCCUAGGUAGCGUUUCGCGCGUCCGCAACGCUGCCUUGUGUGUACUCUACCAACAACAACCGCGACAAAAUUGAAACUCAACAUGGGGCGUCGAGACCGUCUCAUCAGCGCGUCUAUAUUACGCGCCGUUUUCAGAUCGGAUUCGCCUCGCAAGGAUGAAAGCGCGCGCCUGGGUCUAUUUGCGCGCAUCUAUGCCUUCUUCGCUGUCUUCAGUCUGAGUCUCGCCCGUUAUCGCGCGUCUCUGUUCAAGAAACUGAGAAAUGACACCUGGGACAUUGAAGAGGAAGAAUACAUCGAGAGCUUUCGCCCCAGCAAGAGCAAACGGACCGAUCUGAUCGCCAUUGGGGACCUGGGCUACUCAGGCUCGACAUUCUUUACAACACCUAAUUCCAAGUACCUGAUCAAGUCCCUGCCACGGAAGUUUGAGCAAUCAUUCUUUCGGGAUCGUCUUCUCGAGCCCUAUGUCGAACACAUGGAGCUGAAUGAGGACUCCCUCCUUGUCCGCAUAACCGACCUCCUCUACUGUCCCACAGCUACUGUCGGAGCCGCUGUAGGCACCGCACCGAGCCAUCAUAUAAUAAUGGAGAACAUUCUGUACGGGAAGUCGAGCUGCAGCAAGGCCCAACAGAAGCGAUGGGAGACAUAUGACCUCAAGCCCAAUGACUACUUCUACCCAGAACGCGACGUGGCUAACGGACGUCUGGCGCCUGAGAGCGUCAAGGAGCGCCUCAUUGACGAAUUUGAAGACAAGAUUCGAGUGACUAUCGAUCAGAAAGAGGAGCUUGUUGCGCAGCUGUCCAGGGAUUCUAAGAUACUACAAGCCAAUAAUGCGGUUGACUACUCGCUAUUCCUGGUCCGCUAUCCCGCCGACCUGAACUCGGGUGACGUGCCGCCGCCCCCUGGCCGAGGAUCUACAUGGCGCACAGGUGUCGUAUCGCGCGACGGCAAGUGGGUUUACCGGGCCAUCGUGCUCGACUUCUUCUGGGCGAAAGACGCACUCCAGGCCCAGACGAUGACGGGACUCGUCAAACUCUUCAACACGUUAAAGUUUGGAAAAGAUCAUGGGCCGAUGAGUAUUACGACGACAAGCGAUGAAUAUAGACAAAGAUUCCUGGGGAUGGUGGAGGAAAUGGUCGAGGUACCAGACAGCGCUGGCAGACCAGCAGGGGAAAUACGCAGCCCUGCAUCGGUAGCUGCUGAUCAAGUGUAGUCGAGCGGCCCACGAUGACUGAAUGAUCUUCAUCUCAUUCUCUCAGUUGUCGGUCUGGCGUUGGGUUACUCGGGAGUAGUAGGAUGCAUAAGAUACCCGGUCCAUGCGCAUGCAGUUGGACGCUCAAAUUCUAAU